AUGGAGAAGCUAAUGGGACAGGGCCACGUGCUGACUCCCUCUGCCUUCCAGAAGGAGAUGUCUCUCACCACCGAGCAGAGGAUGGCCAGAACUAAGAAACUGACUCUACCCAAGAUUGUCCAACCUCAAGAAAAGAGUGAGACCUCCCAUGACAAGUUCUCAGCAGUUCAGAGCUCACUUCAGCCUUYCCCACCAGAGCUGGUGUUUCAGAGCUACAUCCCUGGCGAGGUCUAUGAAGUGCCACUGGUUCUGAGGAACAGGGACCUGGUUCCUCAGCUGGUGAGGAUCACCAUGGAGAGCUCACCUUAUUUCCAGCUGGUGGGCCCCAGUGGUGCGUACCGUAAGGUGCCACCAGGCCUGUCUGUUACCGUACGYGUCCUCUUCACCCCUGGGCAGAACAAGGAUUAUUUCCACCAGCUCCUCUGCRUCACUGAAAGGGAAGAGAUCAUUGUGCCAAUUCGGGCCAUUGGUGCCCGAGCCUUCCUGGACUUCCCUGACCAGGUGGACUUCUCAGUCUGUCCAGUCAAGCACAGCACYSAGAAGGUUCUGCUGGUUCACAACCGCGGUAACCGGGCAGUUUGUUACAGCAUCMGCACCCRGAGCCCUUUCUCUGUCGUUCCGGCCAUGGGAACUCUGGAGGUCGGCGACUUCAUGCAGGUGACAGUGGAAUUUCUGCCACUGCAGAUCGGUGAAUAUUCCACAUCCUUGGUAGUGCACUACGACACAGGUGAAGACGUCCACACAAACCUUCUUGGAAUAGCUGUGGAUGCCCACAUCAGUCUGGACACGAACUCUCUGACAGUUAAGAAGACGCACAUCACACUGACAAGCUGCACAACCGUGCUCAUCCACAACCAGAGUGAUUUCACAGCYCACUUCCAGUGGAAGGCUUUUGAUAGUGAGAAAGAGGAAGAACAGCUGAAGCUGAGGUACUACCACAAGCUGAGUCGGCAGGAAAAGGACAAGUUGUAUGGUUUUCUGAAGGGGAGCAGAGUGGACACCACUUGCAGAGAACGCUUUGCUCUGCUCUCCCGCACCCUGCGGAGAGAGAGGGCAAAGGUGAGAGAGGACCCCAUGCUGUUCAACAGUGACAUUUUCUUGCUUGAGCCGAAGGAGGGAGAGGUCAGGCCGAAUUGUUCGGCUGAAAUCAAUGUGUUCUUUAAGCCUCGAGAAGCCCGAGUCUAUCAACAGACSGUUUACUGUGACAUCUCAGGACGUGAGACCAGGCUGCCCCUGUUCCUCACAGGGGAAGGCCUUGGACCCCAACUCCGCUUCAACUUUGAGGAACUGAACAUCGGGGAGGUUUUUAUCAAAGCAGUCAACAGAUAUGAGGCAGUCCUGAUAAACAAGGGACCUAUUGAGGCUCCCUUCAGCCUCAUCCCUCCAACCACAGCCAUGGGCUCCUGCUUCACCUUCCUGCCCCAGAAGGGCAUCGUGGCACCAGAAAAGCUCCAGGCUAUUCGGAUCACCUUCCUUCCCACUGUCCUGGGGGAGUUCAAGGAAAAAUUCUGCUUCCGUGUGACUGGAGCUCCUGAGACACCUUUGACCUUGACUAUCAG